AUGGUUGGAACUUUUCUCUCCAAGAGCUUGCUGCUCUUGCAGCUUGUCUCGGCUUUGUCUACAGGACAGGCUGCUUCGACGCCGCUGUACAAAGAUGCCAAUGCGCCUGUGGAAGACCGAGUGAGCGAUCUUCUGGGCAGGAUGACGAUCGAGGAUAAGAUGGCACAACUGAUGCAGGGUGAUAUUACCAAUUGGAUGAAUUCUACCAGUGGAGCAUUCAACUACACCGGUCUCGUCGAGAAUAUGAAGAUGAAAGCGGGAUCGUUCUAUGUUGGCUAUCCCGUUUCUUGGGAUUGGAUUGCUACCAAUGUCAAGAGAGCCCAAGAUUAUCUCAUGCAGAACACGACGCUUGGGAUUCCGGCACUUGUCCAGACAGAGGGUAUUCAUGGUUUCUUGAUUGGCAACGCGACAAUCUUCAAUUCGCCUAUUGCGUAUGGCUGCUCCUUCAACAGAGAGCUAGUCCAAGAGAUGGCCAAAUACGUGGCCCAGGAAGCUCGCACACUUGGUGUCACACAGCUCUUUGCUCCUGUCGUGGACCUGGCUCGCGAGCUGCGGUUUGGUCGGGUUGAAGAAACAUUCGGCGAAGAUCCAUACCUUUCGGGAGAGAUGGGUUAUAGCUACGUCAAGGGUCUCCAGAGCCUCAACGUCUCCUCGAUGGUCAAGCAUUUCAUAGGAUUCAGCCAGCCUGAACAGGGUAUCAACACUGCUCCUGUUCAAGGAGGCGAGAGAUACCUGCGCACAACUUGGUUCCCGUCGUUCAAGCGAGCGAUCAUUGACGCUGGCGCAUGGAGUAUCAUGAGUGCCUAUCACUCAUAUGACGGCGUCCCUGCUGUUUCAGACUACCAUACUCUGACCGAGAUCCUGAGAGGCGAAUGGGGCUACGAUUACUUUGUCAUGAGUGAUGCCGGCGGCACAGAUAGAUUGUGCUCGGCAUUCAAGCUCUGCAGGAGCAAUCCUAUUGACAUGGAUGCCGUCACUCUCCAGGUUCUUCCCGCCGGUAACGACGUCGAGAUGGGCGGUGGUUCUUUCAACUUCCAGAAGAUCCCUGAACUGGUCAAGGCCGGCAAGCUUGAUAUCAAGACUGUCGACACCGCCGUCUCCAGAUUGCUGAGGGUGAAGUUCGAGAUGGGCCUCUUUGAAAACCCUUAUCCCGCCGCUCCCAAGUCUCAAUGGAACAAGCUCAUCCACAGCAAGGAAGCCGUCAAGCUCGCUAGACAGUUGGACAAGGAGUCCAUUGUUUUGCUGGAAAACCACAACAACACGCUCCCUCUGAAGAAGAAGGGUGACAUUGCCGUUAUUGGACCCAUGGCCCAUGGAUUCAUGAAUUACGGAGAUUACGUGGUCUACAAGAGCCAGUACCGGGGUGUCACGCCCCUGGACGGCAUCAAGGCCGCAGUUGGUAAGAAGGCAAACGUCCACUACGCUAAGGGAUGCGAGCGCUGGAGCAACGACCAGUCGGGCUUCGCCGAGGCCGUCGAGGCAGCUAAGAAAUCCGACGUGGCCAUUGUCGUCGUUGGCACCUGGUCGAGAGACCAGAUGGAGCUGUGGCAAGGGCUCAACGCAACAACCGGCGAACACGUCGACGUAAACGACCUCUCCCUCGUCGGCGCCCAAGCCCCCCUCAUCAAGGCCAUCGUCGACACCGGCGUCCCCACCAUCGUCGUCCUCAGCAGCGGCAAGCCCGUGACCGAGACCUGGCUCUCCAACUCGACCGCCGCGCUGGUCCAGCAGUUCUACCCCUCCGAGGAAGGCGGCAACGCCCUCGCCGACGUCCUCUUCGGCGACUACAACCCCUCCGGCAAGCUCUCCGUCAGCUUCCCCUCCUACGUCGGCGACCUCCCCAUCUACUACGACUACCUCAACUCCGCCCGCUCCAUCGGCGACUCCGGCUACGAGCUGCCAGACGGCACCCUCGACUUCGGCCACCAGUAUGUUUUCGGCAGCCCCCUCCCCUGGUAUCCCUUCGGCUACGGCAAGAGCUACUCCACAUUCCAGUAUGGGCCUGUCACCGUCGACAAGGCGAACGUCACUGCCUCGGAUACCGUCACCGUCAGCGUUGACGUGACAAAUACCCACAAGAGCAUGGAUGGGACGGAGGUCGUGCAGGUGUACAUCCAGGAUGAGAUUGCGUCGGUGGUUGUGCCGAAUCGCCAGCUCAAGGGGUUCGAGAAGGUGGUCAUCCCCGCGAAGAAGACCAAGACUGUUAAGAUCCAGAUCAAGGUGCAGGAUCUGGGGCUGUGGAAUUCGGCGAUGAAGUAUGUCGUGGAGCCCGGGGCGUUCACUGCGUUGGUGGGAAGCAGCUCCGCGGAUAUUAGGGGCAAUGCUACCUUUUACGUGCAGUAG